CCAGCUGCCGUUACCCCAGACAUGGCGACUCCUGGCCCCAUGACUCCGGAGGCACCCUUUGAACCAUCGCAGCCCCCAGUUAUUGAGGGUUUUAGCCCCAGUGUCUAUAGCAAUCCGGAAAGCUUCAAGGAAAAGUUCCUUCGCAAGACUCGCGAGAACCCAAUGGUACCCAUAGGCUGCCUGGGCACGGCGGCCGCCCUGACCUACGGCCUCUACUGCUUCCACCGGGGUCAGAGCCAGCGCUCCCAGCUCAUGAUGCGCACCCGGAUCGCCGCCCAGGGCUUCACGGUUGCAGCCAUCCUGGCGGGACUGGCGGCGUCCGCGCUGAAGUCUAGACCCUGAGCCCGGAAAGCCCCGCGGAGAUGAGCCCCAGCCCCGGAGCAGCCAGGGGCCCUGCCACGGAACCCCUUCCCUCCUCACCCCCGGCCAGCGCCGGUCCCGUGGGGGAGGAAGCAGCCAAUGGAUACUUGUUUCUGGAAUCUGGUUCGGUUCGGUUUGGGUAUUGCAUACUUCAAUUUCUGCCGCACUUUCUCCACUUCCUACAUAAUAAACUCUAAUUCACUUGUA